AUGCCUGCGAGUCCGGCGUUGAGACGCCUCGCACUAUGGGUAUCCAACCUGACGAGGUUGCGCAGCCGCAUGACAACAUUAGUUCUUUGCUUUGUCAUUCUAUUGAUGUGCCCUCUGGUGCAAUUAUACGGUGUUGGUGAGACCAAUUUUUACACGCGGUACUGGCCGGUACAUUCUAGGCAAGUCCCCAGAGCCGGUCAUCCGCAGUCAAGUAUCGAUUCGCCGUGCCUGAACGUCCCUAGCUCAAAUGGAAUUGUCGUAUCUUUGAAGACCAGGGCCGCGAAUGCCUUCUCCAAGGUUCCUCCGCACUUUCUGACUCACUUGCAAUGUAUUCCUGAUGUUUUGGUCUUUUCAGACAUGGAACAAGAUAUUGCUGGACAUCACGUCCACGAUGUUCUUGACCGUGUCAGUAAGCAAAUCAUGGUGGAAAACAAAGAAUUUCGCUUCUAUGAAGACCAGAUGGACUGCGCUGGUCCUCAGGAACAGUGCGAGGAUGAUCCCGUCAAAGCGAUAGAGUUGGAAAAGUACAUGACCAUCAACAUGGUUGCACGUGCUUGGGAACUUCGACCAGGCCGCGAUUGGUAUGUCUUCAUCGAGGAUGAAACAUAUGUCAUAUGGCCAAAUUUGAUUCACUGGCUGCGCAAAAGGGCGCGCAGGGACCGUGAUCCCUUUGUGGGAAGUGUCGUCAUGCUCAGUGGUUUUCCGUUCGCCCAUGGUAGUAGCGGGUUUGCCGUCUCCGGGCCAUUGAUAAAACAUUGGUUGAAAGAGUUCCCCAAUGCCACCGACACGUAUAACAAGUUAGCCCGCCAGAUGCCAUAUGGUAGCCUAGUUUUUGCAAAGGCUUUGGAACAGGCAGGGGCUGGAAUCAAACAAGCGCAUCCAAUGUUCAAUGGAGAGAAUCCAACCACUGCGCCGUUCGGUCUGAACCAUUGGUGUCAACCAGUGUUUACGAUGGCGACUAUGAGUAUGGAGAAAAUCAGCAAUGUGUGGGAAUAUGAAAAGUCAAGAAAUGAUACGAGCCUCAUCCAAUACAGACACUUGUAUCACCAGUUUUUCGAACCACACAUUGCCUACUUCCGCAGGAAUUGGGACAACCUCUCCAACGGCGUAUGCUACAUUGGUCCUGAAGACCAAAGUCGAUUGGGAGAAUGGUACAAAAGCCAACAGAAACCAGAAUCUGAGAAGAACAUUGUCGAAAAAUACGCUCACCGGUCAGCAGCUGCUUGCGCCAAAGUUUGCGAAGCAGAAGGCUUGGAUAUAUCCGAUGCCGAGUUCUCGUCUCUCGGAACCGAAAUGGAGAGGGGAAAGUAUGUUCGUGAAAAGUACGAGAAGAAGGCCAAGUCGGACACCUUGUUCAAGCUGAACCGCAGUUUUCAGUGGAAAUACGAAAAUGGAGUGUGCUUUACGUCUCCCACUUUUACGCUGGGCAAUCCUACUGAGAAGCCAGAGGAGGGGAAGGAUGCUGGCACGGUGACGAGUGGUUGGUUUGUUCAGGGGAUUAGCGAUUGGGUUGAGACCAUGGGGAACUGUGCGCUGGAUUGGAAAGAGCCAAGUUCUCCUAAAUAA